AUGGCUAGUCCUCCAGUUCUAGCUUUCGAUGCCGAGGGCCGUCCAGUGAAGUUCGAAACCUGGCUAGAUGACCUGCACCUGUUCCUACAGCUCACUGCCAAGGAAGAUAUCUCACUGUACGACCACGCCCUAGGCCAUGCCACUGCCCCUGACUCGUCUGCUGACAGCACUCUGCGUUCCCAGUGGCAGACUCGUGAUGCGCACGCUCGCUUUGCUAUUCGCAACUCCCUGCCGCUAGACGAGCGCGAGCACUUCGGCCAGUGCAAGACUGCUAAGGACCUCUACAACACGCUCACCGCUGUAGUUGCCCGCUACUCCUCGCCCGCUUCUGCCACGCUAGGCCGCCUCACUCUCCCCUACCUGUUCCCCGACCUAGCCUCCUUUCACACUGUCGCAGACCUCAUCACCCACCUUAAGACUAGUGAGACCCGCCUUUCGCGCUGCUAUGCCUGCCGAUCAGGGACCACUUCCUCUCAUCGUUCCCCCACUGAGCUCACUGUUGCCCUCCUCGAGAAGGAACUGCUUGCAGCUGAGGCGAGCAUCGUCGCUGUAGGCACCUCUCGUGGCGACCCCCGCACCCCGUUCUUUGAGGGGUGUUCCCCUUCCCCCCUCCUCCCCUCUGUCGCCUCUGCUGCUGCUGUCGACCUUCUUGGUGCUGAGAAGGUCGGGACCGCGUCUGCUUCGAGUGGGCGCCGCAGGAACAAGGGGGGCAGGGGUGGGGGUGGCGGCGGAGGAGGUGGGGGUGGAGGCGGUGGGAGUGGAGGCGCGGCUGGGGAGACUAGUGGCGGCAGUGGGGGAGGAGACAGCAGCGGUGGGAGUGGUGGUGGAGGCGGCAGCGGAGGCGGAGGUGGUCGUGGCGGCGGCAGGGGUGGAGGUGGCCGGGGCGGCGGCGGUGGGGGUGGUGGUCGUGGAGGCACUGGCGGAGGCCCGAGUCAGCAGCCCGCCCCGACGCUUCAGGCCGCCCGUGAGUGGUAUGCGCAGCGUAGCUUUACCUGCACGUACGUCAUUCGCACAGACUUUGAUGCUAUUCUCACUGCCAUGUAUGCGAUGUCUAUUAGUGGAGAGGGUGCUCAAUACUUGCGUGUUCCGCCCGACCCGGGCAUUCAGGCCAGUCCGGCUGCCGCUCUAGGUGCUAGUGCGUCUCCUCCCACAGGUCCUGGUGAGGCUGCAGCCCUAGGUGCUAGUGCGUCCGUGCCCCCUGGUACUGAGUCGACUGCAGCACUGCACACCUUCACCCUGGACUCAGGUAGUGCGCUCCAGGACGGGGGUGUUCACCAGUUCACCCCUGCCUAUGAGCGCGUGACACACUGCACGUGUGCUCGGACGGGUCGCCACCUGGCUACCUUCACUCGGGAGCCGGGGUCGGACCUUUACACACUGACCACUGAGUCCCCUCAGGUAGCUGCGUCCGCGUCUGCGUCUGCGUCAGGUCAGCUGUCCGCCCCCUGCUCGUGUCGCUCUCUGGCGCAUGAGACUGUCCUUUGGCACCACCGCCUUGGUCACCCGUCUGUGCAGCGCCUUCGGGCCAUGCACAAACGGGACCUUGUUGCUGGUCUUCCCAGGGUGCUCCCUCCCCUCCAGUCCUCGCCUGCUCCUCCCUGUCUUCCCUGUGUCGAGGGGCGGCAGCGCGCCACUCCUCACUCCUCCUCCUUUCCCCCGACGACUGCUCCUUUGCAGACGCUCCACAUGGACGUGUGGGGCCCAGCCCGCGUCCGUGGCCAGGGUCAGGAGAGGUACUUCCUGAUUGUUGUUGACGACUUCUCGCGCUACACCACGGUCUUCCCCUUGCGCACCAAGGGUGACGUCCCUGAUGUCUUGAUCCCUUGGAUCCGCAGAUCUCGUCUCCAGCUCAGUGAGCGUUUCCACUCCGACUUCCCUGUCCUGCGUCUGCACUCUGACAGAGGUGGAGAGUUUUCCUCUGGCCUCUUGGAGGCCUUCUGUCAGCAGGAGGGCAUUGAGCAGUCGUUCACGCUUCCGGCCUCCCCACAGCAGAAUGGGGUUGCUGAGCGCCGCAUUGGCUUGGUCAUGGAGGUCGCUCGUACCUCCUUGGUUCAUGCGGCUGCCCCCCACUUUCUGUGGCCGUUUGCAGUCCGAUACGCUGCGCAUCAGCUCAACCUCUGGCCCCGUGUCUCCUUGCCCGAGACUUCUCCGACACUGCGUUGGACGGGAGAGGCUGGCGAUGCGUCGCGUUUUCGGGUCUGGGGAUCCCGAGCUUUUGUCCGCGACACGUCUGCGGACAAGCUCUCCCGUCGCGCUGUCCCCUGCGUCUUCCUUGGCUUUGUCCCGGACGCCCCUGGUUGGCAGUUCUACCACCCCACCUCGCGGCGUGUCCUGGCCUCUCAGGACGUCACUUUUGACGAGUCCGUCCCCUACUACCGCCUCUUCCCCUACCGCACUGCCCCGCUCCCCCCCCCGCCUCUCUUCCUCGCUCCAGGUGCUGAGGUACCAGACCCCCUCCCCCCUCAGGGUGCCGCUCCCUCAGGUGUGUCCCAGGUAGACCCGGGUGAGCCUGUCGAGGUAGCUGUUGACUCUCGUCCUGCGUCUAGGGGUGCUGAGUCUGGGGGUGCUGAGUCUGGGGGUGCUGAGCGUGGGGGUGCUGAGCCUGGGGGUGCUGCGUCUGGGGGUGCUGAGCCUGGGAGUGCUGAGUCUGGGGGUGCGGAGCCUGGGGGUGCUGAGCCAGGAGGUGCGGAGCCUGGAGGUGCGGAGCCUGGAGGUGCUGAGCCUGGGGGUGCUGGGUCUGGGGGUGCUGCGUCUGGGGGUGCUGAGCCUGAGCGUGCUACACCUGGAGGAGCCCUCUCCUCCCAGCAGCUGCAGGAGAGGUACCUCGAGUACUGCCGCCUCCGGAGAGGUGCUGCUGGAGCUCGUCCCGGUACUUCCCCUCCUACCCAGGAGCUCCCCCCCAUUCAGCAGAUCCGCGAGUGGUACACACGGCGCUGCAGUCUUCGGAGUGGUGCUCCUGGUGCUGCGGACCCUGGGGGUGGCGCUGCUGCUGGAGCUGAGGACCCGGGUGGUGGCGCUGCUGCUGGUGCUGAGGACCCGGACGGUGGAGCUGCUGCUGGUACUGAGGACUCGGACGGUGGAGCUGCUGCUGGAGCUGAGGACCCGAGCGGUGGCGCUGCUGCUGCUGCUGAGGACCCGGGCGUUGGAGCUACUACUGGUGCUGCGGACCCGGCCGGUGGAGCUGCUGCUGGUGCUGUGGACCCGGCCGCUGGAGUCUCCUCUGCUUCUGGAGACGCUGCGCGGCCGCGACCGUACUUCGUACCGCUCCUUCAGCAGGUUCUUGGGCAGGCUCCUCCUCCUUGUCCUCCUCCCUCUGUAGAGUGUCCUCCGCCUGUCCAGCCGCAGUCACAGUUACCGCCUACCUCGCCUCUCCCUGCUCCCUCUCCUUACACUGGUCCCACAGGAGGUCUUACAGAGCGUCGUGAGCCUGAGUCUCGUCCUGCGUCGCCUGUUCGUCCUGCUCGCACUGGUAGUCGUGUCCGUCGUGAGCGUCCUCCUCCUGUCCCAGGCACUCACUACAUGACUCUGCGUCCCUCUACUGCUCCUCAGCGUGUCCCUCUACCGUCUCCUCCUGCGUCCUCUUUGCCUCACGUUCCGGACCCUGAGUCUGACCGGUACCGUGCUGAGCACCCUACUGUCACGCGUCUCCUCGCUACUAUUGUCACUGACCCUACCUUUGAGUCCUCGACUGCGUCUGCUCUGGUCGCUGAGUUGGUUGACUUUGCUGCUGCCUGUCGUCUAGACUACGCUGCUAGCCUUGUUGCUGAGUCUGAGUCUGAGUCUGUCUGUCCUCCGUCCGUCGGGGGUGAGUGUGCUCUUGGCACGGACGUCCUUGAGGACAGACAGGAGGAGUUCCAGUGCUUUGCUGCUGCUUUACCCCACCUCGUGUCCAUGCUAGUUGCCCCUGAGGGAGACCCGGAUGCACCAGACAUCCCGACCCCGCGCACUUACGCUGAGGCGAUGGCGGGUCCCUACUCCUCUCAGUGGCAGACAGCCAUGGACGCCGAGAUGGCUUCCUGGAAGUCCACACGCACCUACGUCGACGAGGUUCCCCCUCCUGGGGCGAACAUCGUCAGUGGCAUGUGGAUUUUCAGGGUGAAGCGGCCGCCGGGUUCUCCGCCUGUCUUCAAGGCGCGUUACGUGGCUCGAGGCUUCAGUCAGCGAGAGGGAGUUGACUUCUUCCAGACCUUCUCCCCCACCCCGAAGAUGACUACUCUUCGGGUGCUGCUGCACAUAGCCGCUCACCGCGACUACGAGCUUCACUCACUUGACUUCAGCACUGCUUUCUUGCAGGGCAGCCUGCACGAGGAGAUCUGGCUGCGCCGCCCACCUGGCUUCACUGGGUCGUUUCCUCCUGGUACCCAGUGGAGGCUUCAGCGGCCGGUCUACGGUCUCCGCCAGGCUCCGCGUGAGUGGCACGACACACUGAGGACUACACUUGCGGCUCUUGGGUUCGCGCCUUCUACAGCUGACCCGUCGCUGUUCCUGCGCACCGACACUUCACUGCCGCCGUUCUACAUCCUCGUGUACGUCGACGAAUUGGUCUUUGCCACUGCUGACACUGCAGGACUCGCCUACGUGAAGUCGGAGCUGCAGAGGAGACACACGUGUACAGACCUGGGUGAGCUGACAAGCUAUCUUGGCUUGCGGAUCACCCGGGACAGAGCACGGCGCACCAUCACCUUGACUCAGUCACACAUGGUGCAGCAGAUCCUCCAGCGCUUCCGCUUCACGUACUCCUCGCCUCAGUCCACUCCUCUGCCUACCGGCCACUCGCUCUCAGCUCUGCCUUCGGAUGAGUCCGUAGAGCCGAGUGGCCCGUAUCCAGAGCUUGUGGGCUGCCUCAUGUACCUGAUGACCUGCACUCGACCUGACCUUGCAUACCCUCUUAGCAUCCUUGCGCGCUAUGUCGCUCCUGGCCGUCACAGGAAGGAGCACAUGGAUGCCGCUAAGAGGGUGUUGCGCUACUUGUGCAGUACGUCGGGCAUGGGGCUUGUGCUUGGAGGGCGAGACCGAGUUGUUCUCACAGGGCACUCAGACGCUUCUUGGGCAGACGACCAGGCCACUCAGCGGUCGUCUCAGGGUUACACCUUCAGCCUUGGCUCUGGCUCUGUUUCUUGGCGCUCUACACGCUCUUCUUCUGUUCUCGGCUCCAGUUGCGAGGCUGAGAUCUACGCUACAGCCAUGGCUGCCCAGGAGCUACGCUGGCUGACCUACCUGCUGACCGACCUCGGAGAGCCGCCUCGUUCUCCUCCAGUACUGUACGUCGACAACAAGGCUGCCAUUGCCUUGUGUGAGGAGCACAGACUGGAGCACAGAACGAAGCACAUCGCCCUGCGGUACUUCCUUGCUCGUGAGCUGCAGCAGCGCGGUCAGCUUUGUAUUCGCUACGUGGCCACUGAGGCCAACACUGCUGAUGUGUUCACCAAGGCGCUUCAGCCUCGUGACCAUCAGCGCUUCUGCACUCUACUGGGCCUUGUGCCUACUGGACCUCACUUACUUACCUCUUGA